GGUCAGGUUUACGAAAACAGUGGUACCUGCGGCUCCAUGUGAGUCUCUGCUGUAAAGAUAUUUCAUUUGUUAUUUACAUGAAGUAAAACCAUCGAGAGGAUGAAGGAGACUCCUCUGUCCAACUGUGAGCGGGACUUUCUGCUAAAAGCCAUCGAGGAGAAGAAGCGUCUGGAUGGACGACAGACCUACGACUACAGGAAAAUAAAGAUCAAGUUUGGCACAGACUAUGGAUGCUGCUUUGUGGAUCUGGGGUUAACCAGGGUCAUGGCUCAGGUGUCCGGGGAACUGGUGGCUCCAAAAGAAAGUCGACCAAAUGAGGGAAUCAUGUUCUUCAACAUUGAGCUGUCGCCAAUGGCCGCACCAACGUUUGAACAGGGCAGACAGUCUGAGUUAUCAGUGAAGCUCAACAGACAGCUGGAGAGAUGCUUGAGGAACUCCAAGUGCAUUGAUACAGAGUCCCUUUGUGUGGUAUCUGGAGAGAAGGUGUGGCAGAUCAGAGUGGACGUACACAUGUUGAAUCACGAUGGGAACCUGAUGGAUGCUGCCAGCAUUGCCGCUAUUACAGCUCUGUGCCAUUUCAGACGCCCCGAUGUCAGCAUCCAGGGAGAUGAAGUCACAGUGUACAGUCCAGAGGAGAGAGACCCUAUUCCCCUGAGUAUCUACCACAUGCCCAUCAGUGUCAGCUUCUCUUUCUUCCAGCAAGGGACGUAUCUGCUGGUGGACCCCUGUGAGCGGGAGGAGCGGGUGAUGGACGGUCUGCUGAUGAUCGCCAUGAACAAACACAGAGAAAUCUGCUCCAUCCAGUCGAGCGGUGGCAUCAUGCUGCUGAAGGAACAGGUUAUGAGAUGCAGUAAAAUUGCCAGCGUCAAAGUGUCUGAAAUCACAGAACUAGUUGUCAAAGCCCUGGAAAAUGACAAGAAAGCCAGGAAGGCGGGCGAAAAGUGUGGCUUUGCAGAAUCUCUUCCUCAGGAGCGAAUCACAGCUCUGAAAGUGGGCAAGACUCCAGUGGAGGUGAUGGAUGUGACCGAACAAGCCAAUGACAUCGUCCAGAAAGCUGAGGUCUCGCCUCAGACAGUACCAUCUCCACUGGUGCCUGUCCCUGGUGUCGGGCAGGUGGGGCAGGGGCAGCAGACCACCUGGGGCCUAGAGGAAGAAGAAGAGGAGGAGGAAGAGGUAGACCAAGAGGAAGAGGAGGAAAGUGACGACAGCACUGAACAGGACAAGAAAGUAACAAAGAUGGAAGAGGAAGACAGCAGAGGAGAUGUUGUUGAAAUAUCAGACAGUGAAGAGGAGGAAGUGGUCAUUCUUCACCCAGAGACUGCUGACAAGGCUCUCAAAAACACAGGAUCCAGUUUGCACCAGAAGGGGGCAGCACCUUCCAAGCAAAAACGGAAAAAAUGAUCGCUUGAAUGCCAUUUGCGUUCACUGCAGUCAGAGGAUGUUGCAGCAGUGCCAGACAUGACCGCAGCUCUUCAUGGAUUGAAAUUAUGUCUCAUGUCAUUUAGAAAAGGAAAAUGAACACUGGAAUCUCAACAUCAGACCCUUAACUUUACAAAUGAUUUCCUGAUGUUUCUUUUUCAACAUUGUAAAAGGUUAAACUUUUAUAAAGGUGUGAUUUCAAAAAUAUUACGGAAUUUAAUGGAAUUAUGCAUAGAUAAUCCUUGUUUUAUCUUGUGAAAACAAUGCUACGGAGCAGAUUAAAAGGCAAAAUACAAAUA